AUGGCAGGAUGUGGCCAGCAUUCACUUUCUAGGUUAAAGUAUGCUACAUUAUCGAGUUUUUUACUUCUUAAAACGUUUGAAAAGGGACUUUUAAAUAUGCUUGUAUCUGCUGUUGGAUUUAUGGAGGGUUACGAUCCUGAUUCAUCCCCUUCUAUCGAUUUGUUUGAUAGGGCGGAAAGUCGCUCUUUAUUUUUAGUUCCAUAUGUUACAAAUAUGGGUUUGGUGGAGAAGGAAAGGUCCAUCCAAUUAGAUCAACAGAAAAAAACAAUUGUUUCUCUUGAUAAAGAGAAGCCACCUCCUGUACCAAUGUUUAUUUCUAGUGUAACAGUGAAAAAGGAUGCUAUAUCUCCUUCUGUGAAAGUUGAUAACUCUUUUAUAAAGAAUUUCAUUCCACAAGGAACUUUUCCUAAAGAGGAACUAGCCUACAAUAUUCUUAGAACUACAUUGCCAUCAUAUGUUACUUUACAUGUUGUAACACUAUUGUUGGCUAGUGGUAUUACAAUUCCGAGGGAAGUUGCUGUGGACCUUUUACAUCGUUUAGCUAACGAUGACAAGGAAACGGCAUGUAAUGUAGCUUCACUUCUUGAAGUGGAACUUGAUCUAACUGAAUGUAGUGCUUUUAAAAAUCUAUUCCCAUCACGAAGAAGAAAGCCCCCACAAUCGAUUGUAUGUCAUGAGAAAUUUAACAAGAUUGGUGUUCAAGAUAAAAUUGCUCUAGUUCCUCAGAAAGGAAAUACAAAUACAAUGAGACUCAGUAGACUUCAACACGUGCGGAAGAAGAAGCAAUAA